CUCUUCUAUUGGCAUUAUGCAUUCCUGGGAGUAUUGUGUGUUGGGACAAUAAUUCAUUACUUGACUGACAUAUUACCUGAAAUUCUGAUGAUCAGGUUACAUCAUAGUCAGAAAAGAAUUGGGACAAUGUCCUGAAUAUCUCCUAUACUUCUUAAAUUUCUUGCUGUAAUUGGUCAUCAUACAACAAAAUCUUAUUAAUUUGGGACAUGUGCAGGCUAAUUUUCCCUGGCUUGUAUCCAGGGAAAAUUGACAUCUUCCAAAAAAUUCAUGGGCAAAUUGGGAAGGUGAAUGUAAUUAUAGAAGAUAUAUUUAACCUAGCAUGAAUGCACUUUGUGCUGAUUGCAAGUGAAUCACAUUAUUCUGUACUUGAGCCUUGAACCUCAUCACUUAGAAGCAUUCUUUAGCUAUGAUGUGUAAUUAUGUUUAAAUGUAUUGGGAACAAGCUAAAUGACAUCAGUAUGUUAUUUUAUUUUUUAAGUUUUGAGGUACAAUUGUGACUUUGUUACAUGCAUAGAUUGCAUAAUUAGCAAGUCAGGGCUUUUAGGCCAUCAUCACAUGAGUAACAUAACUCAUGUUAUGAGUAACACAUCAUAACAUAAGUAAUUUCUCAUUGUCAAUCCCACUUUCACUCUCUAAGCUCUCUGAGUGUCCAUGGUCUGUCAUUCUAUUCUCUAUGUCCAUGUGCACACAUCAUGUAGCCCCCAUGUGUGAGAAUAUGCGAUAUGUGUCCUUCUGUGUCUGACUUGUUUCAUUUAAGAUGAUGAUCUCCAGUUCCAUCCAUGUUGCUACAAAAUACAUGAUUUUAUUAUUUUUUAUGGCUGAGUAGUAUUAAGUGACAUUAUUUUCUAAAGUCCAAGCCAACCAAAUUGCCUAGCCUGCACUUUGGAGCCAUUAUUAAGUAAAAUGAGGGUUAUCUGAACACAAGCACUACAUAUCCUGCAAUACUGCAACAGUCAGUCUGGUAACUGAGAUAAUUAUUCGGGGAUUAAAGGGUGGGUCAUGUAUACAGUGUGGACACAGGGAUGACAUUUGUACCAUGCAAGACAGAGCAGGAUUGGUGAUAUUUCAUCUUACAACUCAGGAUGGCAUGCAAUUUAAAACUUACAAAUUGUUUAUUUCUGGAAUCUUCCAUUAAAUAUAUUAGGACCAUGGUUGACCGCAAGUAACUGAAACUGUGGAAAGUAAAUCCACAGAUAGGGAAGGACUACUGUAAUGCCAGGAACAGAGCAUUAAGGGUGAUUCUGGUCAAGGCUCAGGGGAAAAGAAUAGCUGUAGGGGAAGUCUGAAUCUUCUUAUAGAUUAUUUAGGUGGUCAUGACCAGAAUGCUGAGAGAAAUGUGGACAGUAGAGGCUAUUCUGAUGAGUUCUCAGAUGGAAAUGAGGAACAAUAAUUGGAAGCUGGAGGAAAGACCAUCCGUUUACAAAGUGGCAAAGGACUUAAUUGGAUUAUGUUCAUGUCCAAGGGCCUGAACAGUGGGCAGAGUUUAAGAAAGAUGAAGCAGUAUAUUGGGGGAAGAAAUUUCUAAGAAAAAUGUUGAAGGAGCUGCAUAGCAUCUUUGAACUUCAUAUAGUAAAAUGCAAGAGGAAACAAAUGAUUUAAGGUGGAAUUCAUAAUUAAAAGGGAGACAGAACAUAAAGAUGUAGAAAAUGUGCAGCCUGGCCAUAUAAAGAAUGAAAAAGCAUGCAAGGAUGUGGCCAAGUGAUGCUUUGAUACAAGGAUUGAUAUGAAUAGAAGGAAGCUAGGUGCUGUUCAUCACAUCAAUGGGAGAAUGGCUCUGAAGUCAUUUCAGAGAUCUUUGAAGCUGUCCCUCUCAUCACAGGCUCCAGAUAAGAGAACCUUGAGGUCAGAAAGGGCUUGGUACUCCCCACAUUCUAGCACAGUGCCCCUUUGCUGCUCCAGUUGUGGUUCAAGUGGGCUUAGAUGAGACUUGCGCUGCCACUGCAAAGGGCACAGACUGUGAGCCUUGGUGGUGUUCAUGUAGUACUGACUGUAGAUACACAGAGUGCAGGAGCUGUGGGGCCAUGGUGGUCCACCUAGGUGUGAAAGGAUGUUUCCGACAGCCUGCCACAGUGGUGUAGCCACAGCAGAGAGGUCCUCCUAGGGCCAUGCUCAGGAAAACGGGGGGGGGGGCGGUCAGAGCAGCCACCGAGACCCUAGAACUGUAGAACUAUCAGCCUGAGAGAGCUGCAGGCAGAGACUCCAAUCAGAUUGCUGCUGCAUGGGCUGAGCCCAGCAAAGCCACGGGGCAGAGCUAUCUGAGGGCCUUUGGGGCCUAACACCAAGGCCCCCAGGCAGCCCAGUCCCAUGGUAGGCAUGUCCAGGAGGCAGCACAUGGAGUCAAAGGUUAUUCUCCAGUUUUAAGAUUUAAUGCUGUCUUCCCUGUUGGACUCGCUUGGGGCCAGUUACCCUUUUUUCUUUCCUGUCGCUCCCUUUUGGAAUGGGCCUGUCUAUACUAUGCCUCUCCCAGUAUUGGAUUUUGGAACUAGAUAACUUCUUUAAUAGGUUCACAUGUGGAGGAGAGUUUGCCUCAGGAUAAGUCCUGUGUUGUGUCUCACUCAUAUCAGAUUUAGAUGACACUCUUAGAUUUACAUUUUGACUUUUAAGUUGGUUCUGGAACAAGUUAAGACUUUGGGACUAUUGGAAUAAAAUGAACACAUUCUGUGUAUGAGAAGGACAUGGAUUUGGGGGCCAAGGGUGGAAUGCAGUGGUUUGAAUGUGUCCCUCAAAGUUCACGUGUUGGACACUUGAUCCUCAAUGCGGCGGUGCUGGGAGGUGGCGUCCAACAGGAGAUGUUUGGGUCAUGGUGACACCACCCUCAUGAGUGGAUUCAUGUUGUUAUCACAAGAGUGUGUUCCUUAUAAAAGGAUGAUUUUGACUCCCUCUUUCUCUGUCUUACCCUCUCUUUUCCCUUCCACAAUGUGAUGACACAGUAUUCCUGGUUAUCUAUAACCAAGUCUUAUUCUAUGAAUGGAAUCCCAACUUCCACAACUUUCCACAUAUACUAUUUAUCAGGGGACAUGUUACUUACCAUAGAAAUAAGUGUAGUUUUCCUAAAAUGAAACUCUGAUCUCCUUGUUUGGAAUGUUUUCCUCUCUUUUAUCCAGAAGUCAAAAGAUAUAUCCAUUUUUAAAGGACCUUACAUGCCUCUAUGUCAUCAAAAAGCGUUCAUUCACUCAAUAAACAUUUACCACCAGUUUUCUCUGUGCUGAGUAUCAUGGUAACGAAAAGAAACAUCGUAGGCCAUGCCUUCAGGGUAUUUGCAUUGCAUAUGCGGAAUGACAGAAGUAAAUGACUAUGAUACAGUAGAAUGUAUCAAAUUAUGAGCACAAGGGAGGAAAUAAUGAUAAAUGUAUGGGGUAGCUUAUCAGGAAAACUAUUAUUGAGGAGGAAAUAUUUUAACUGGUUUUGACACAUGAGUAGGAGUUUGCAGAAUGAACACGCAAAAAAAAAUGAAACAUUCCAAGAAGAUGAAACAGUUUCAGCAAGUUUGGCAAAUUUUAUUCUUUACCGCUUUCUUGGCUACCCUAAGACAUAUUAGGCUUACUUUCUCUUUAAUCUUGGACAAGUUUUUUGUUUGUUGGUUUGUUUGUUUUAGCUUUUUAAUGCUUCUUUUGCAUACUCUGCUAAAAGAGUAAUAAGAACAUACACUACUUUAUAAGGUUGUAUUAAAGAGUGAAAAUGAAAUAAAUAUAAGAUGUUUAGCACAAUGUCUGAUACAUAGUCAAAACUUCACAAGUAAUAUACAUACCUUGAGGGUGUAUGGAACUUAUCCACAUACUAUACAUUUUUGUUGUAGUUGCUUAAUGAACAUAAUUGUAAUUCCUUUCAUUUUUGCCAAAUUCUGUUUCUUAUACAUGUGUCUUAUCUAAGUACCUGCAGGAAAAAGAUGAGGGUUUAUCCGUUCUAUACCCAGAGUACCCAACAGAAAGUCUUGGAUGCACAUUAUUGAAGGCUUAAUAAUUCUAAAUAUUGUUUACAUAUAACAAAUGCUUUUGUCAAUGAAAAAUUCAUCAUGCAAUUUUGAUGAUGAAAGAUAAAUCAAAACUUCCUACUUCUAGUGCCUAUACUGUAAGACAUACAGAAAAAUGUGUUUUUACUCCGUAAAGGCAAUGAGUCAUGGCUAAGUACUUUCACUUGAAGUGGUGGAAUAAGAUCUGACACAGAGUUUAUAACUUCCUUGGGAUCUGACCAUCUCCUCAGCCAUUCAAGAAGCAUACACGGAAUCAGAGUCAUCUGCAUUACAGAUGGGACAUCUUUCUCCCAAAUGAGUCCUUCCUUCUAACUCCUUUCCGAAAUCUCACCUGACCAGGACAUUCUUUGACAACAAAAGAUACAUUGACAUUAUAAAAAGUGUCCCCCAUGAUUUGUAGAGAGCAAUCUCCAGGUAGGAGGGAGAAUCACGUUUAGAAAUAAAGUGUCAGAGUCAUGUGACCAGCGGUUUGUAAAAGAUACUGCAUAGACCAGGGACAAAGGUGUUUGUCCCUUUGUCCCCCACUAAGGAAGAAAUAUGACAAGUGUUUCCAAUAGGAACACUGGAGCACAGCAGGAAAAGGAAACGGGUUAGUUUUGGAGUAUUUAAAUGGGUUAGUUUUGGAGUAUUUAACUAGAAACACACAAUGAUGUAAUUACAUGAUUAAAUUUUCCACGAGGUAAAUAACAACAAGGAAAUAAUGACAUGGUGGCAAUGGGCCUUCAGCAGGGUAUAAAGGAGGCUAUAGACCCAGAAGACUUCCAAACACAGGAGCUUCAAUCUCUUGGAAACUCACCCAGAUCCUCCCCGUUCUGACACCAUGGUCAACUCCUGUUGUGGCUCCGUGUGCUCUGACCAGGGCUGUGGCCAAGACCUCUGCCAGGAGACCUGCUGCAGCCCCAACUGCUGUCAGACCACCUGCUGCAGGACCACGUGCUGUCGCCCCAGCUGCUGUGUGUCCAGCUGCUGCAGGCCCCAGUGCUGCCAGUCUGUGUGCUGCCAACCCACCUGCUGCCGCCCCAGCUGCUGCCAGACCACCUGCUGCAGGACCACCUGUGCCGCCCCCAGCUGCUGUGUGUCCAGCUGCUGCACUUCCAGCUGCUCCAGCUGCUGCAGGCCCCAGUUCCAGUCUGUGUGCUGCCAGCCCACCUGCUGCCCCAGCUGUAGUCUCAGCUGCUGCCGUCCCUCUUGCUGUGAAUCCAGCUGCUGCCGCCCCUGCUGCUGCCUGCGUCCAGUCUGUGGCCGAGUCUCCUGCCACACCACUUGCUAUCGCCCAACCUGUGUCAUCUCCACCUGCCCCCGCCCCUUGUGCUGCACCUCCUCUUGCUGCUGA